UCGCCUUCCUCGCACAACGCGGGCACAACGGAGUUUUACUAGAACGACGUUUUAUUCGUGUAUUCGCGCCAGUGUAUGUGUGUGUGCGUGUGUGCAUGUGAUGUGUGAGAAAGUUGGUGGCCAGGGCCCGGUAGUAGUAGCCAAGAAGAGUAUCGCCACCACCAGUAUCCAGUAACAGCAAACAACAACAACACCAACAGCAGCCGCCAUCAAUCAAACACUUGCCAGCAAGCCAGCGAACGUGCGUGCGUGUGUGUGUGUGUGUGUGCUCAAAGAAGUAGUGACGUGACGUGACGUGUGACAACCAAAGUCAAAGGGGCAACAGCCGCCACUAGAAGGGCAGCAAAAGAAAAAGAGAAAAAAGAAGAAGAAAUACCAGCGGCUUCUGGACGCUACGCUGGAGAUUAGUGCAUUUGCGAUCUAAAGGAGCAGUAGUAGUAGAAGGAGAAGGAGAAGGAGACCGGACCGCAGACCGGAGCGGAAGGAGAAGAAGAAGAAGGAGAAGGUAGUUUUCGCCGCUGGGCCCCCCCGUUCCCACACCAGCCGCCAGGAUACUGUCGUACGGGGCGGACGCCGAUCCGGCCGCCAUGAUGAACGAUCCGGCCGCCCUCGGCAUGAUCCCGUUCGAUACGAUCGGGCUGUACGAGCAGCCGAAGCCGCGCUUCAUCUUCAAGAUGCCGCGCGUCGUCCCGGACCAAAAGUCCAAGUUCGAGAGCGACGACCUGUUCAAGAAGCUGAGCCGCGACAGCGAGGUCCGAUACACUGGGUUCCGCGAUCGUCCGAUCGAGGAGCGGCGGGGCCGCUUCCGAGCCGGUUGCUGCGAGGGCCACACGGAAGUGUCGUUCGCCGCCACCGGCAUCAACCUGCAGCUCGUGUUCAACCCGAACCAUGGCCUCUACCACCACCCGCACCAUCACCACCAUCACCAUCCGGCGCAUCUCGGGCUGGAGAAGGAGUGUGACUUCGACAAGGAGCACGGCAAGGUUCACAUCAAAUCGCACUUCAUCAUGAACGGCGUGUGCGUGCGGUUCCGGGGCUGGCUCGAUAUGGAGCGGCUGGACGGUAUCGGGUGUCUGGAGCUGGACGAGAAGCGGGCCGCCCAGGAGGACGCGAUCCUGCGCGAGCAGCUCGAACGGUACAACCAGCGGCUGCGCGACUUCGAGGACAAACAGCGCACGUACCAGCGCACCACGCAGGACGAGUUCGAGCAGAUGCGCCGGAACGGGUCCGGUAUCGGUGUCGGUGUGACCGCCGGUGCGUCCGGCAUGUGGCGGCGAUAAGCCACCAUCCCACCCCGUUGCCGCUACCGUUGCCGCCACCCCCAACCCUUCCACCAGCUCGUACACAUACUCACCACACGGACAGAGAUAGGAAGAGAGAUAGGAAGAGGGAGUGCGCGGAAGUGAGAGUUGUGCCAAACCUGUCGAGGAAGGAGGAGGAGGAGGAGAAGGAGGAGGUGCGGGAGGUGGGUUUACUACGGGGCGCAUCGCGAUAACAUCCCCUCUCCCCCGUCCCCCUCCCCUAGCAUGUCCUGUUCCUAUUGCUGCUACUACUACUGCUGCUGCGAGAGGAUUGGCACACACACACAAACGCACGCACACACACACACGCACACCUGCUGACCUGGAUCCCCCUCCCUUCACCCGCCUCCAACUCCUUCUCUUGUCGCUUCCUCGCGUAAUCCGAGAACCGAUCGUGUCCGUGUGCGUGUGUGUAUGUGCCUGUGUGUAUGUGCGUGUGUGUGUGUGUGUGUGUCCGGCGGCAGGCCCCGUCGGGUCCAACACUCCUCACGCACUUCGGGGCGCUUUGGAGGGAUCCUCCCAGCAAUCCAGCGCGCAUCUCCAUCGAACAAAUGGUACCAAACACACACACACACACAUCAGAUCCUGUCCCUCCCCCUCACCCCUCUCCUCAACCCUCGACACACACGCACACAGGCUGACAGGCGGGCUGGCACAUGUGCGCACGGGCACAAAAUUGUGAAAUGCCCAAAACCGAGUUCAGGUGUUCGACGGAACGACACCAAUUCGGCCUCCUCCUCCUCCUCCUCCUCCUCCUUUUACCCCCUUUUCUCCCUCCCUAACACCCUCCCCACAACCCUCUACUGGCAUACAGCGGCAUACUGUACAUACUAAUGAUUAAGGCAAAAUGGCGAAGUGUUUGAAAGGUAGGAGGAUGGAGAGAGAGAGAGGGGAUGCUGGAACAGGAGAAGUAGUCAGUAGUGUACGGUAGCCUCCUUACUUACGCACGCACACACACACACACACACACACACACAUAUAUAUAUAUAUACUCACACACAGUGCUCGCCAAUAUGAUAGAGAUGGCGGCCGAUGAUGUCGUCGUAGGCCAGGCGUUGCACGAAUGGGUGAGAUGAGCCAAAUGUAUAGAUAUAGAACACCAGACCAGGCACGCUCAGGACGGACGAACGGAGCCAACCAGCAGCCCACAGCACCAUCACCACCACCACCACCAUCAACAACAACCUAGGCAACACUCUGGCAACCCUUUUUUGUCGUUUUCACCAGGAAAAAAGAAAGGACAACUUACUUCGCUGGUUGGUACGUCUCGCGAUCAGUGUGUUAAUCAGUGAUUGGUGACAUCAGCAGAGCAGCAGCAGCAACAACAACAGUAACAAAAACACUUCAAUUUUGUCUAUUUGUUACCCGUUUUCUCGUUCUUGACACAAUCCAAGCCAGCCAUAGCCCCCCAAACAGUGAGUGCUUGUUCACAUGUGUGUUGCGUGUGUUGUGUGUGUGUGUGUGUGUGUGUGUGUGUGUGUGUGUGUGUGUGUUGUGUGAGUGUAUUUGCGAGAAGCCGACGGCGACGUGCGUCCACUUUUGGCGACCGAUUCUAUUUUCUGAUUCCCAUUCUGGCUACGCUCAUUCUUUUGUUAGUCGCUCGGCGCCAUCUUGAGCUGUUUGGCACUGCUUUAGCGCUUAAUGAUUCGUGUGUAUGUGAAUGUGUGUGUGUGUGUAUGUGUGUGAUGCGUUCGUUUAACUAUGUGUAGGACCCGUACAGCCUAGUAACCUUAUUUUUAUUAUUAUUAUUUUAUUUUUAACGAUCCUUAUUAAUAUUACUAUUAUUAUUAUUAUUAUUAUUAUUAACAUUAUUAUUAUUUUUUUAAUAUUAUUAUUAUCAUUAUUAUUAUUAUUAUCAACACAAUCCUUAUUCACCUUACUGCAGCCAGGCUUAGGGUGCGUCCCGUGUUAGUCUCUCGUGUGUAUCGCUCAAAGCUUGCCGAUUCGAUUGUUAACAGGUGUACGUGUGUGCGUGUUAGGUAAGAGCAGUGCAAACACUCGCGCUCUAGGUAGCUCCAGGAACAAAGAAGUAAACCCAGAAAACGUCACAACAGCGAAAGGUAUUGACCACUGGCGCCAGGGUGUGCGCCAGGUAGUGCCACUAGCAAUGGCGAAAACCGAUAAGUAGCGAUCAAGCCGGCGGCAAAAUCCACGUCCAUUUUUUUGCUGUUGCUGCUGCUGCUGCUCAUGUUUUCUGCUCGGUUUUGCUCUCUCAGUUUUUUUGCGCCUCCCAGUUUCGCUUUCGUUACGUUUAUAGCGUGUGGUUUGGUGCGUUCGUCCUGACAAACUGACAAACAAACGGAGAGUGUCGAGUGUGAAGCUCCUCGAAAAGCAUGCCAACCAGGAUGCCCGGGCAUCCUGGCACAACGCACAACGUGUGUGUGUACACUACAGCAGGCGCAGCGUCCUGGUCUUUGUCGUGUUUAUCGUUUGAUUUUGUGUGACCAAAAUGAAAAGCUAGAUAAAUCGAUUAGUGGGACGCCCCCGAUAUUAAGUGGCCGAAUAGUAAUUGUAAAACCGAACCGACGAACCCCCGAGGGCCGGGAGCUAGAAUUUCGGAAUCGUCGGAAGGAAAAAAAAAGGGGGUUUACGAGGGGAUGAAUGAAGGGAAAUCGAAGUGAAUGAUAAAGAAAAUGGAAGAAAAAUCGGAAAAAAUAACAUAAAAACGACACAAAUAUGGAGAGAGAAAGAGAGAAAGAGAGAGAGAGAUAGUAUGAUGCAGGGGUUAUAAACGCGCAUACAGACAGGGCAAUAGGGAUAGGACAGGAAAAUGAGAAAAGCAACAAAAAAAAAAAAACAAAACAAAAAGAAUAGCAGCCAAAAACAAAGAGUUAAGACGUGCAGAAAACAACAAGAAAAAGAUGUAGAAAAAAAAGAUAAUACACACACAUACAGAUAUACAAAACGCGAAAAACGGCCAAUGGCCGGGGUAAACAUCUAAACAUUUGCGAAAACUUGGGAAGAGUGUCCCCGAAAUCAGUGUAAUGGCCAAGAACAAGUAGAAGAAGGAUUAAGUAAAGCGAAGAAAAGUGAGCGAAACGGAGAGAAAACAGGAAAAAAGAGAAAAAGAGAGAGAGAGAGCGAGAGAGAAUGACAGAAAACAGAGAAAACCGAGAUAGUUGGACCGUGAGGCUCCCCUUUUGUUAGAUAUCUCCUGCAAAUGAAAAUAUAUACAAAAACAA